AUGGAAAACUUAAACGCCCUUACAGACACAACGCUAACCAUUAUGUCUUACAAUGUGCAAAUGCUAUCCGUCCCUUUGAGCAACCAAAUAAAUUUAUCAACCAGACAGGAUGCCGUAAUUGAUUACAUAUGCUCCCUGGACGAUCUGCAUAAUAUAGAUAUCCUCGUUUUGAAUGAAGUGUUUACGAGCAACUGUUAUGAUAUGCUCACCAAGGGAAAGGUGAAAGAUAAAUUUCCGUACCAUACUAAUGUGAUUGGCACCAAGUGUCAGGGGCCUGAGAAGUGGAGCAGCUCCAUUGUGGAGGUUAAGGAGGACUCAGAGGCGGGGACCAGUACCAAUGGGAAGGCUCCAAAGAAGAAGGCAACCGCCGGAAAGGCCCCGGCCCCGAGUGAGCUCAACAGGAAGGUCGUCAGUGCGAAGGCGCCUCUUAAAGCGGCAACGACAAAAGCGGCAGCGUCCAAAGGGGCGCCUCCCAAAGCGGCCACGUCCAAAGCGGCAACGACCAAAGCGGUAACGUCCAAAGGGGCACCCCCCAAAGCUGCACCCUCCAAAGCGGCGCCCCACAAAGCUGCUCCCUCCAAAGCGGCACCCCCAAAAGCAGCACCCCCAAAAGCGGCAACCUCCAAAGUAACCCCCCCGAGGGGACAGGAAACGUCGAUCCUUAACUCAAGUGACACAAACAAUAACGACCAGGAGGAAGCAGGCGAGACGCUGCACCUGGAUUCAAGCGACACGAACAAUAGGGGAGAUUCGGAGUGCAUCUUAUCGCUCGGCUGCGGCCUUGAAAGUGGAAACAAAGUAAAGGGAAAGCCAACCAGUCGCAGUUAUAAGGCGGUGCCGAAUGGCAACGGGAAGCGCGGCGGCAAACGCGAUGGGGCGGAGGGCGCCGCCAAAGUUGAGAGUACCAGCAGCGACAAAAAGGCACAGUGCAGUGAAACGGACGACGGAAUGGCCGUCCCGGGGAAAAGGCAGAAUCGGAGGGUCAGUAGCAGGGGGGCGGCUGGCGCAGACAAGCUGAGCGAAAAGUCGGGCAGUCUGCUAAGCAAUCAGUCGAGCGGCCAACGAAGUAACCAGUCGAGUGGCCAACGAAGCAACCAGUCGAGCGGCCAACGCAGCGAUAAGGCUGGAAGUUCCAAACGCGCCAAGGGGGCGGGCAAGAAGGAGGGGCCCGGGAAGAACCCACAGGCGAAGGUAGGUGUGGGCACUAAGGAGAGCAGGAGUAGUAACGGCACAAAUGGUAAGGUGAGCACGCAGAGGGGUAACCCCGCAGAUGGCAAGGUGAGCACGCAGAGGGGUAUCCCCACAGAUGGUAAGGUCAUCACGCAGGGAGGUAACCCCACAAAGGGCAUUUGCGAUGCCACCAGCGAAGCCAAAACGAGCGUCUCCAACAGUGUGAGUUCUGCAGAAAAUGUGAAAGAGAAAAAGUGGGAAGGAAAGAAAAAGAAGAAAAAAAAAAACAACCAACAGAAUGUAACCAGCUUCGAUUCAGUGUCAGGCAAAUCAAAAUUCUAUCAAGUCCUAAACGGAGGAGUAAUCGUCUUGUCCAAACACGCAUUUAUGCACAAGCAUGCCUUAAUAUAUAGUAACUGUAAAUUCCCAGAUAUGUUUUGUACCAAGGGCGCCAUAUACCUAAAGUGCUGUGUUAAUAACAAACCAGUGAAUGUGAUAGCGACUCAUUUGCAAGCAGGAGAUACAAGUGACCAGCAGAAUUGCAGAUGGAAGCAACUGAAUGAGUUGAGCAACUGGGUGUAUAAUGGCGCACCAAGUUUUCACAUAAAAAAAAAUGAGCCCCUUUUUUUUGUUGGAGAUUUUAAUAUUAGGUACCACUUAGAUAAAUCAUUUUUCGACAGAGUAUUAUCUAGUGGUUGCUUAAACAGCUCGGUGACCAAGAAGGCACUGGAGACGACCUACGAUUCGUACCUGAACGAUUAUUGCAUGCAUAUGGAGCGGGAUUACUCCUUUAAAUAUAAUUACACGCUAGACUACAUACUGGUUAAUAAUGACUCCGAUGUGAAGACCCUCGUGCCGCAGACUGCCAUUCAGAAGGACUACCGGCCAAUUCAAAUUAUAAAAUCGCUGUUGGGAUUUAUUCCGUACAAGUGCACUUAUAUUCACCACCCCAGUGACCACUUCCCUAUUUAUGCCACUUUCAAGAUUCCGAAUCAGCGGGGCGAGCUUCAGGGGCGCGCCAGCCCCCCACGCGCGCAAGCGGGGGCGGAAGUGGAAGCGGAAGUGGAAGCGGAAGCGCAAACGCAAACGUAA